AUGUUUAUAAAUCAAGAAGAUAUCACCAAAUUACCUGGGUCGUUAGUUAUUAACUUUAACCAAACCUCAUUUAGAAUCUUUUUUACUGACGACAGAAUCACUUGUUUCCUAUGCAAAGAGGUGGGUCACACUUCUGCGUCAUGUAAAAAACAAAUUUCUCAUAACAGCAAAAUUGCAACCGUUGAUGAUCAUACUACAGAACUACUAGAAGAUAUUCAGCUUCCUGAAUUACCUCCAAUAGACACAACCCAACCACAAAGUACCAUGGACUGGAAUCAGGAAAACAAUGAUAUAAUUUCAUCCCAACCCGUAGCAAAUACUAAAACAUCCCAUGCAACAAUGAAAACACCAAUCACCACUCAAGCCAAAAGACCUCUAUCGGAUACAAAUACAAUUAAAUCUCCCACCUCCCCUACAGCACCAGGCAGCCCUAUGCCUUUCAUUCAACCUGAAAAAAAAAAGCCAAAACCAGCCGCUCUAGAUCCAACUCUCUCACUUCCACCGACGACAACAAAAUCAACACCUCGCUUGAACCUACAGUCGCCUUUUUCAGCGACAGUGAGAAUACCUCAAUCACCCUGGACCAAUUUAAAUACUUUUUGGAAAAUAUUAGAAACCCUAAUAUUAAUAUAUACACAUUAUGCGACGAAAUUAAUUCCAACAUCUCGGACAUGUUUGACUUGA